UGAUACGCUGGAAAGUAGACACCGUUCUUGUUUUGUUAUGAUUUUGCUUAAAAGUAAAACAGUUGUUGAUGAAAAAACAAUAAGAAGAAGCGUCGUCGAUGCGCUGAAGGAACUUGAUGUUUCGUGCGGUAUGGUUUGAUCAACGAAAACGAUUCAUUAGAAAAGUUCAUCCGUCCACGGAUUCUAAACGCAGAAAACAUUAAAGGGGAGAUCAGUGCUUAUAGGGUCGCCUGCAGUAUGCUCAGGGUUUCCAAUACAGGGAUAUUAUGGCUGCAGGUGAGGCCAGGACAACAAAGCCUCGUCAAGAAAAACAAUACGAUUACCUCCUCAAAUUUCUACUGGUGGGUGACAGCGAUGUCGGAAAGCAAGAGAUCUUGAGUGGACUCGAAGAUGGUGCUGCUGAAUCUCCGUUUUGCAGUGGCAGUGCGUAUAAGACUACUACUAUCCUGCUGGAUGGGAAAAGAGUAAAAUUACAACUAUGGGACACGUCGGGUCAAGGUAGAUUUUGUACAAUAAUCAGAUCUUAUUCUCGUGGUGCACAAGGUAUACUUUUAGUCUAUGACAUUACCAAUAAAUGGUCUUUCGAUGGCAUUGACAGAUGGUUGAAGGAAGUUGAAGAGCAUGCUCCUGGGGUACCAAAAGUACUUGUUGGCAAUCGCCUUCAUUUAGCUUUUAAAAGGCAAGUAGGAGAACGUGAUGCAGAAGCAUACGCAGCUAAAAAUCGUAUGGCAUUUUUCGAGGUAUCGCCUCUUUGUGAUUUUAACAUACGUGAAAGUUUCUCGGAGCUUUCUCGCAUGGCUUUACAUCGUAAUGGUAUGGAAAGGCUAUGGCGAUCCAAUAAAGUACUCAGUCUUCAAGAACUUGCAUGCCGUGCAAUAGUAGCAAGAACAACAGUUUAUGGUAUAGAUCAGCUUCCGUUGCCUAAAUCUAUUAAAUCUCACCUAAAAUCUUACGCGAUGACAACUACAUCGCAAUUACGUUAUAAUGGAAAUAGAUCAUUGAGCUCUAGUAAAAGCCUAGGAUCCCAUCACCGAAAAUUACGUUUCGUUGGAAUAGGUCAUAACGGACUAUCGACUCCAGGUAGUUCACCUGGGAGUAUAACAGAUUCUCGUACUAGUUGCGUCGGUCGUAAUUCUUGCACAAUAUCUUGAGAGUAAUUUCAACGUUGCAGUUAAUUUGUGAACAUGCAACAUAAUGUCAACGUUCUUCCUUCUUAUUUUGAUGUAUAGCGUUUUCAUAAAAUAUGUGCCAUUGGAAGUGGUAAAGAAUUUGUAACGUUUCUUCUUAAAUAAUAAUUAUAAUAUGAAUUGUCAACAAUCUAACAUAGGAAAAUGUGAUUACUUACCAUCAAGAAGUUUAGAUAACAGUAAUAAUUUUACACUUGAUGUGACAGUCAUUAUACGUUAAAAUACUUUUUAUGUUGUAUUUUUUUCCGAAUUUCCAAGGUAUAAAAAUAUAUGAUAAUAAUAAUAAUGAGCUUAAGCAGAAAUAAUUUCAUAUGGAUCGCUAUAAGCGUGCUGUUUGUUAUACAGACUAGUAUCUAACUUUUGGCAUAAGCAAUCAACUGUUUAGUAAUACUUUAAAUGUCAGUUUAUAUAAUAUCUUUAAUGAAGUUCUUAAACGUUUAUAAACAUUUAAAGUCUAAAGGAGUAUGAGUUUCAUUCAACGAUUAGCAAUAUAUUAUGGAAUCACAAUAAUUGAUCCAAAAUAUACCCAUAUUUUGCCGAAUCUCCAUAAGCUGCAGAUGUUUUUAUCUAAUAAUUAAAAACCGUUAAUACGUUUUACAUAUUUCAGUGCACAAUGUUGUUUUUUAAAUCGAAAAAGCUGGAAAUGUUGAAGUGGAAAGUACAAGUUCAUUAAGUCUACAGUGGUUGUGGUGUAGACUAGGAAUAAUAUAAGAUGAAUAGUUUAGGGCAGCUAAUUUGAUAUUAGCAUGUAAGAACAAUGUUCCCAACAGUUAUUACAUAUAACAUUUUGCAAAAAUCAUUCUUUUUAUACACUAAUUUUCAAUAAUAAUAUAAUAAGUGAAAAAAGUUAU